GGCGGCUGCGGCACCUUUAAGACAAGGGAGGACCCCUCUUGCCCUCGGAGAAACCAGGAAGGGAGUCGCGAGCAUCAUACGGGGCUUUGGCUGUACUGUACAGUUACUGUAGGGGCAGUGACGCCGCCGCCGCCGGAGCCAGGGAGCGACGAGCGGAGCGCUAGGAGGGGAGAGCAAGCGACACGGACCCCGGAGGCGAGCGGCCCAGGGAGCCCAGUCCCAACUCCGGGCCCGGUCCCACGCGCCCCGGCCCGGCCCGGCCCCGCGAGGUCUCGGCGCAGAAGAUGGCUGGCGGCGUGGAUGGCCCCAUCGGGAUCCCAUUCCCGGACCAUAGCAGUGACAUCCUGAGUGGGCUAAAUGAGCAGCGGACGCAGGGCCUGCUCUGUGAUGUGGUGAUCCUAGUGGAGGGGCGUGAGUUCCCCACACACCGCUCUGUGCUGGCAGCCUGCAGCCAGUACUUUAAGAAGCUGUUCACGUCAGGGGCCGUGGUUGACCAGCAGAACGUGUAUGAGAUUGACUUUGUCAGUGCAGAGGCGCUCACUGCACUCAUGGACUUUGCCUACACAGCCACGCUCACAGUCAGCACGGCCAAUGUGGGUGACAUCCUCAGUGCCGCCCGCCUGCUGGAGAUCCCUGCCGUCAGCCAUGUCUGCGCUGACCUCCUAGACCGGCAGAUCCUGGCUGCUGAUGCAGGUGCUGAUGCUGGGCAGCUGGACCUCGUAGAUCAGAUUGAUCAGCGCAACCUCCUCCGCGCCAAGGAGUACCUCGAGUUCUUCCAGACCAACCCCAUGAACAGCUUGCCCCCUGCAGCUGCUGCCAACUUCCCGUGGUCUGCCUUUGGUGCAUCGGAUGAUGACCUGGAUGCUACAAAGGAAGCCGUGGCAGCUGCUGUGGCUGCAGUGGCAGCUGGCGACUGCAAUGGGUUGGACUUCUAUGGGCCGGGCCCCCCAGCCGAGCGACCCCCAACAGGGGAUGGGGAUGAGGGUGACAGCAACCCAGGCCUAUGGCCGGAACGGGACGAGGACACCCCUGCUGGGGGUCUCUUUCCGCCACCAGCGGCCCCACCGGCCACCACGCAGAAUGGCCACUAUGGCCGGGGCGGGGAGGAGGAGGCAGCCUCACUGUCAGAGGCGGCCCCAGAACCGGGCGACUCACCAGGCUUUCUGUCAGGAGCAGCAGAGGGUGAGGAUGGGGACGGGCCUGACGUGGAUGGGCUGGCUGCCAGCGCACUGCUUCAGCAGAUGAUGUCAUCAGUGAGCCGGGCAGGGGCCACGGCAACGGGGGACAGCGAUGAGGAGUCACGGGCAGAUGACAAGGGCGUCAUGGACUACUACCUGAAGUACUUCAGCGGUGCCCAUGAUGGUGAUGUCUAUCCAGCCUGGUCGCCAAAGGUGGAGAAGAAGAUCCGCGCCAAGGCCUUCCAGAAGUGCCCCAUCUGUGAGAAGGUCAUCCAGGGCGCCGGCAAGCUGCCACGCCACAUCCGGACCCACACAGGCGAGAAGCCGUAUGAAUGCAACAUCUGCAAAGUCCGCUUCACCAGGCAGGACAAGCUCAAAGUACACAUGAGGAAGCACACUGGCGAGAAGCCGUACCUGUGCCAGCAGUGCGGUGCCGCCUUCGCGCACAACUACGACCUGAAGAACCACAUGCGCGUGCACACGGGCCUGCGCCCCUACCAGUGCGACAGCUGCUGCAAGACCUUCGUCCGCUCUGACCACCUGCACAGACACCUCAAGAAAGACGGCUGCAAUGGCGUACCCUCGCGCCGCGGCCGCAAGCCCCGCGUUCGGGGUGGGGGACCUGACCCCAGCCCAGGGGCCACCGUACCACCCGGUGCCCCUGCCCCUCCCAGCUCCCCUGAUGCCCGGCGCAACGGCCAGGAGAAGCACUUUAAGGACGAGGACGAGGACGAGGAUGCGGCCAGCCCUGAUGGCUUGAGCCGGUUGAAUGUAGCGGGCGCUGGUGGUGGAGGUGAUGGUGGAGGGGGCCCUGGGGCCGCCACCGACGGUAACUUCACAGCCGGACUCGCCUAGAAACCAAAAAGAGAAAACAGAAACCCGAGAGAGAGACAGAGAGACAGACAGAGAGAAAGAGAAAAAUCACCCACCACCCCCCCAAAAACACAAAAAAAGAAAAUCUAUCUAUAUACAGAUAUCUAUAUCUAUAUAUAUAUAUACAGAUAUAUAUAUAUGAAGCGUCACAGAACCUAGGUAGCGCUUUCCUCAGAUCUCCCUCCUUCCUGAUGUCUCCUCCCUCCACGGGGCCUCCCCCUCACCCUCCCACCACAUAACCCCCGUCGCUGGGUUUUGGGUCUUGGUUUGGGGUUUUUGUGGGACACAAGGAUUCCAAGCAUCCCCAGCCACGGGGUGCCCGGUGUAGGGUCUGGGGCCCUAUCCGAGGCCCUGGGCUGGGGUGAGGGUGAACUUGGGGGGCUGAGGGGUGCUGGGGAACAGGGUGGGCUUUUAUUCCCCACCCUUUGCUAGUUUCUAGGAGUCUUUCAGAUAAGACCUUAAAUGAUUUCUGUCUGCUCUGAGUGGACAUUAAAAUGGACCCCUGGCCCCCACCCUCCUUCCUCAGGGCACUUACUAAGGGGGGGUCUCCCUUUGAUCUCCCCAGCAGCCUCCCCAUCCACCACCCUGCCUGCGGCCCCCACCCUAUAUCUCCAGGCCACUGAGACACAAAUCUAUUUAUUUCCAGGCCUGGAGAAAGGGGACAGGACUGUGGGUCAAGGCUAGGGGGCACCAGGAUGGCCCAGGUGGCUCCUGCCGCCUCCUUUCACGGCACUUACAACUGGUGGGACCUCCAGGGGCUACCCCUCGGGGCGCCGCCUGCCCAAACCCCCCCAUUUAGAGAUUCACAACUUUUGUCUCUGCCCUCUCCCUGGAGCCCCCCCUCCCAACUUUUUAAAGCACUUUUUAGAUUAUUUUUUCUCUUUUUCUCCUUAAAAACAAAAUUUAUAUAUAGAGAUAUAUAUAUAUAUAAAGUAUACUUUUCCUCAGAGGAGCAGACAGCUGCAUAGAAUGAAUAGCGUCCAGGUCAGAUGGACACUGGGCCUGUUGGUGGCAGGGAAGACAGAGAGAAAAAGAGAGAGUCCACAGUUCCAAUGUCACAAAAGCAAUAAAACAAAACAAAACGAUUUUACAAAAUGAAAGAAAAACAAACAGGCAACAAACCACAUUAGAAGUCUUGGCACUUUGUAAUGGAACGGGUACUACACUUUAUCUUAAUUCUUAAUUUAAAAACAUGUUUACAAGUUGCAACCAACUUCUAUGAAAAGUUGAAAAGACAAAAAAAAAGAGCGAGAGCGAGAGAGCGAGAGAGAGCGAGAGAGCGAGAGCAAGAGAAAUUCCUAAAAGUUGAUUUAUUUUUGUACAAAAUAAUAAAAAAAAAAACCCACCACAAACGUAGAAUCCACUUCUGUUCCCCAAAGGCCAGAAGGGGGCCCAGGAGGAGCCAUGGAAGGGACCUGAGAGAGAUGCUCUGAGGUGUUUGUUCCACCUAUGGAAGUUGGCCUCAGAGGCAGGGUUGUGGGGUUUUGUGUUUGUGCCGUGUCCACCCUUCCACCCCCAUCCCCAGUUCUGUCCCCUUUUUCAGUUCUGAUGAUUUAGAGAUGUCUUACUGCCCUUGAGCUAUACAAGUGGCUGUCUCUGUCCCCGGGGACCCUCUUCCUUCCUCACUCCCUAGCUCAGGGAUGGCCCAAGAGGGGGCUGGCCUUCCAACCAGCCAGAGCACCCUGACCUGCACCCCUAGACCCCCAAGAUGGCUGUCCUCCUGCAUGGCCACUGAGGAGAUGCCAUCCUCCACAUACCCGCCGCACUGAGGUGGGUGACAGGGGCCCCCCACCUCCAGGGCCUUAGACUCCCCCCCCACUGAGCUUCCCUCUUUUUAUUCAAAGGCACUGACUGUAAUUCUGGGGGUUCUGGUACCUGCCUCCCCCCAACCUCUGGCUCCCACAAGGCUCAGCAUAGACUGAGCCUUAGGCCACGGAGUGGGACUGGGGUUGGGAGAUGAUGUCACCAGAUGCCAGGAUGCCCCCUCACCCUGACCCUCCCCUGCAUAUGCAAUGCCUAAUGUGGGACCCUGUAAAUACCCUGCCAAGACUCCUCACCAGUGCCCUGGGGAGGUGUCAUCCUGCUCCUCUGUGACAGCGCCUCUUCUCUGUUCUUUAUCUUUCAUUUUUAAAGGGAAGCUUUUUAAGAAGGCAAUUUUCAUAUUGUUUCUACAGGAUAGGCUUUUUGUUUUCUUCCCUGCCCCUCAACCUGUCAGCUCCCACCCCAUACAUACCCCAAAUGUCUCAGGAUCCCUCCUCUGGGGCUGGCCCAGGGCUGGAUGGUAGCACACUGGCCUCAGUCAUACCCCAAUUUGGGAGUACCAUCUUGUCUGUGACCAAGCAGGGACACCCCCCUCUCCCCUCCAAAAAAAAAAAAAAAAAACUCCCAGAGAGGUCCCUUGAAGGGGAGCCCUUGUUCCCCCUACCCACACACCUCUCGCAAUAAAACCAACUCAAAAAUCACAGCUGUCGGUCAUCUGGCCAGUGGGGCAACUGGACUUGCAGGGGUGUUGAGUCCUCUGGGACUGGUAGGGGCAAGGGCUGCCACCCAACACCACAUGACACUUACACAGACCUCCUCGGGAAUUGCACUAAACCCCCGCCCCUAGCUCCCAGCUCAGCUUUGCCCACCCUGCCCGCCUACUCUGCCUUAACCCCUUCCCGUCCUGGGGGCCACAGCAUCUGCAUGGGCCCAGAGCCGGGACCCCUAGCCCUGCCUUCUCCCGACUGCGCAAUCACAUACUGUAUAUAGACGUGGAUCGAUUUUAUUUUUAUUCUUUAAAUUAAGGUCGUGAUAAAGUGUUGCCAAAGAUACUGCUGAAUUCUCGAGUUUCAGGAAACAAAUUAUAUUUGAGGGGGGUCGUGCUGACUCCAUCAGAAAGAACACAGCAGAAAGCUUUUUUGUUUGGUUGUUUGGGGGUUUUUUUGUGUGUUUUCUUCUUUGGGGGGUGUUUUUUUUUAACUGCCUGGUACAAAAAAAAAAGAAAAAAAAAAACAAAGUGAAAUUGUUAUUUCCAUCCUCACGGUGGAGUGUGUGGAUGUGUGAAUGCAUGUGUGAGUGUGGUCCAAGUGUGGGCUCCCAGGGCGGGGGGCUGUGAGGGGGCAGGGCCAGCACCCCCAUUAGUGGGGGUCCCCAGCCUGCAGCUCGGGAGAGAGGGGCAUCCUAGCUCUAGUUGCUGCUGCUUCCUGCCUCACCACCCCUACCCCACCCUGCCUUUUGAGAUUAAGAAAAAUUUUUAAAAGGCAAAAAAACUUUAAAAAAUUUAAAAAAACUGUAAACCAGUGAAUGUAAAAUGUUAGACUAGGCCCAGCCUGGCACAGGUUGUGGGGCUGGCUGCGCCCAGCCAGACUCAAGCGGGCAACACCAAAACCUCUGUGCCCUCUUGGAGACCUCUUGCACCGUGUGGCUGUGGAGUCUGGACACCCUGUUAUUACAACACUGUCCUCAUGUCUCUUUCCAAAGUGAGGGAUCUGCAGCAAGAGAAAAGGGAUCCCCGGCCACACCUUCUAGAGGAUGGGGGUGGCUAGAUUUGGGGUGGGUGGGUUCUUUGUACUAUUCAGACCUUGGUCUCUGGCAAGGAGCAGCUGCCCUGCAUGUGGUGGAACCGGGCAGGGAGGUUGCAGGACCCCCACACCCCCAGGACAGGGAAGAGUCCAGGCAGCUGGAAUUGUAGGAGGUGAGAUGGACUGAGGAAAAAUAGGAAAAAGAAAAAAAAGUUAAAAAAAUCAACAACAAAAAAAAGCAAAAAUCCUAUUUUUUGAAAAAGAAAGAUAUUUAUAUUUGCAGUUUUAUUUUAAAAAGUUAUUUAAGCAGAGGAAGCAGCCUUCCCAGAGGUGGCAGGGGUGGCUGGUGCAGGACGGGUCAGGGGCCUGGUGGCUUGGAUGUCCCAGGAGCCAUAAUCUCAGAGUUCAGACUAGCUCGCACUAAAAGUAUAGAUUUACAUGGGGGGGGGGGAAGCCAGGAGAUUCAGGGGGAUGAGGAGACCCCUAGUCGGUGGCUGGCGCUGCCUGGAGGCUGUGGACAGGGGGCCCCAAUGCCCAGGUGCCUCCUGGCCCACCCCAGGCCCAGAAUCAAGGUGCCUUGGACUUUGGGGGGGAGCCAAACCUGGCAAGUGGGGGUGGGAUGGGGUGGGGGUGGUGCCCUCAGGGUACAGAGCACAGAGCAGACAUUCCAGAGACUGUACUCAAGAGUCUUUAUAAUAAAGUGUGGGAGUUUAAAAAAAAUCAAUUGA